UCGCUCCGCUGCCGGCCCGCGGGCGGCUCGGCGGCCAUGCGGGCGGUACAGCCGCGCUCCCGGCAGCAGACCCUGGCCCUGCGGCGGCAGCUCGUCGGCUCUUCCUGCAAGCUGUUUUUUCCUCAUGAUCCAGUGAAGAUCACGAAGGCCAAGGGCCAGUAUAUGUAUGAUGAGAAUGGGAGACAGUACCUUGACUGCAUAAACAACGUGGCUCAUGUUGGACACUGUCACCCUGAUGUAGUAAAGGCAGCCCAUGAACAGAAUCAGUUGUUAAAUACAAAUUCUCGUUACCUUCAUGACAACAUGGUUGAUUAUGCAGAGAGACUUUCAAAAACACUACCUGAGAAAUUAUGCAUCUUCUAUUUUUUGAAUUCUGGGUCUGAAGCCAACGACCUUGCCCUGAGACUGGCACGGCAGUACACAAAACACCAGGAUGUGAUUGUUUUAGACCAUGCUUACCAUGGACAUCUGACAUCUUUGAUUGACAUAAGCCCAUAUAAAUUCAGAAAUCUAGAAGGACAAAAGGAAUGGGUCCACGUGGCUCCUGUUCCAGACACAUACAGAGGACUUUAUAGAGAAGACCAUGAAGAUCCAGUAACAGCCUAUGCUGAUGAAGUAAAAAAUAUUAUUGAGCAUGCACAGAAGAGAGGCAGAAAGAUUGCUGCAUUUUUUGUUGAAUCUCUACCAAGUGUUGGUGGUCAAAUCAUUCCCCCAGCAGGAUAUUUUCAGAAGGUUGCAGAGCAUGUGCACAAGGCAGGAGGUGUAUUUAUUGCUGAUGAAAUUCAAGUUGGCUUUGGCAGGGUUGGCAAGCACUUCUGGGCAUUCCAGCUUCAGGGAGAGGAUUUUAUACCUGAUAUUGUCACUAUGGGGAAGCCAAUAGGAAAUGGGCACCCACUUGCUUGUGUAGCAACAACAAAAGAAAUUGCAGAAGCUUUUGCAGCCACAGGAGUGGAGUAUUUUAAUACAUUUGGUGGGAACCCUGUUUCAUGUGCCAUUGGAUUAGCUGUGUUGGAUGUAAUUGAGAAGGAACACCUUCAGGCUCAUGCCACAGAGGUAGGCAGCUUCUUGAUGAAGACACUCAAGGAGCAGCAAAUCAAGCAUCCCAUCAUUGGUGAUGUCAGAGGUUGUGGCUUAUUCAUUGGAGUGGACUUAAUCAAGGACCAAGCAGAAAGGACUCCAGCCACAGCAGAAGCAGAGGAACUAAUAACAAGACUUAAGGAAAAAUAUAUUCUACUGAGUACAGAUGGGCCAGGAAGAAAUGUGCUGAAAUUCAAGCCCCCGAUGUGUUUUAAUAUGGAGGAUGCAAAAUUUGUUGUGGAGACAAUUGACAAAAUACUAACAGAUAUGGAAAAAGAAUGUCUGAGCCAAAAGAAAACAACUGUUUGUUCCACCUGAGCAGUUUGCAGGAAUUUCUGGGAAUCUCCAGGCAUGGACCACACUUGUGUACAUCCAGCAUUCACAACUGCCCUCCAUCAGUCUGACCCUCCCAGCAACACUGUGUGCAUCACUUGUUGUAAGCAAGGGCCAGCAUGUCCCAGACAUGACUGUCUCUAGAGCAUGCAAAUGACUGCACAUCCACACAAACAGAGUUUUUCUGCUUGCUGCUCAGUGCCUUCAGGCUCCACCUGCAUAAACACUUCUCAGCAGAUCUCCCCUUAAGUGUCAUUUCAGGUUCACAGCUGGCAUCUCAUCCUUCGGGAUCCAUUCACCCCUAGACUCAAAAGUUUGUGGGUAUCAGAGUAAGAUUGGUCUUGUUAAGUCUUCAAAGCCUUGUUAUGUCUUCAUCUGUUGAGGUCCCUCAGUAGGUUGCCAAGAGAACAUCUAGCUGCAACUCAGUUUGCUGCACACCCAUGAGCACAGUGUAACUCACAGUUAACACCUUGGUAACAACACCCUUUGUACACUUGGUACUUCUCCAGACUUCUCUGACUAAAAGACACCCACAGGUUUGGUAGAACUCUGGAUAGCUGGGCAGGAGUGCACCUAAUGUGGUCAUUGUGAGCAGUGUAAUCACUGGUGACCUCAACCACCAGGAGAUGCACAGUGCUAUGGCCCUGAGCUAAGGAGAAAUAUGGUUUUAGUUCAAUGUAUAUUAGUAUAGCAGGCACAAGAGAAAUGUGUUAAUAUUUUAUUUAGCAAGUUAAUGGAAAGACAUACAGCUGUUUAUACUACUUAUUCUUAGGAACAGAAAGAUUACUGAACAGUGCCAGUGCAAAUUAGAGGCCUAAUGACUUAAUGUACUUAUCUGUGAUCUAAACUAAGCAAGAAAAAUGCCUUUAUUUUCUACAGGAAACCAAGAAUGCAAAAAGCCUCUUACUAAGUACAGUACUAGUAAGACACUUACAUAUAAUGUAAGCGAAAGUGAGGCAAUGAAGUAAUUUCUUUUAAUGAUACUUUUACAAAAAAACCCAUAACAUUAUUUUCUUUCCAUAGGUUUCAAACAAUGUUCAAGAUCUACUACUAAGAAACAUUAUUCUACUAUAAUAAUGCACAUUUAAUCUUCAUCCUAGCAUGUCUUAGACCAGAUAAGUCACCUCUGAUUUUUUCUGUUUUCAUUUAUCUUGUUUUUAGUAAAAGCUCUAGGAGAAAUAAAUUUUACAAGAGCUUGUCU